GUGGAGCAUGUGCUACAUAUUGCUGUAGGCAAUGGACCGGCACAGUUAAUAUAUCGCAAACAUGCUCAUAUUGGUAUGCAUUACAGAUAAGGAGAGGACUAAUCAGGCAAUUAUAUCACACCACUAGGCAAUGUAGGAUUAACCAGACGGGACGAACCAAGGUGCUAUCGUUUUACAUGUCCUGUCAUGAGGUGGCCCUGGCAUGUAACAAUAGGCGUGUUGACACUCGCAUGUAUAGUCGUCUGGCAUUAUCGGGAGGAUGGUUCUUCUGGUGGGUAACCAUAUACAAGGGGUAUCCGGAUGUUUUAGAUAGUGACACCUCAAAGGAAACCAAGAUAAACUUUGCUCGGAGAUAACAGGAAAGAAAACAGUUUCGGGAUCAUGAAAGCUACACACGAUACGAUGGUUCAGAACCGUUUUGAGGCUAUGCGUUUCAAUAUUUCGGAAGCUUGCCAGUCGAAAUCCGUGUACCAGGUGAUUCCAACAUUUGGUUUUAUCAAGGACAGAAACUUAUGGUAUGACUCAAAAAACAACUUUAUCUACUGUAUGGUAGAGAAGAUCGGAAGUAAAUUUUGGAGAAGGGUAUUUCAUCUGUUAAAUCACCCCGAAUACAGAGACUUGUAUUCCAUCCCUAGUUAUCUCGUUCGAAAUGACGAGCUACCGACGUUGCGGAAUUUCAGUAUCCAAAAUUCCACGAAAAUAAUCAAUUCAGCAAAUAAGGCGAUGUUUGUCCGUGAGCCAUACGCUCGUGCAUUUUCUGGGUAUGUGGACAAGCUAUAUUCCCUCAACUAUUACUACAUGCAAGCGCUUGGUCGAGGUAUCAUUAAAGCAUUACGAAAAAAUGCAACCGCGGCCAGCUUAGCGUGUGGCCACGAUUUAACUUUUACUGAAUUCAUAAGAUAUAUAGUGGGUAUGAAGCAAAGAAACCUUCACGGCAGAAUUGACGUUCAUUUCUCACAAAUAUACACGCACUGUUUACCAUGUGAACUGAAUUAUGACUUCGUAGGUACAAUGGAAAAUUUCGAUGAAGACGCAUCUUUUUUAAUUUCCAAACUUCAGCUUUUUAAAAAUACGCCUGUUGAGUUAUCACAAAACGCAUCAGUAACUUUGUCUAUUUACUUGGUGUUAAAUGACACCUUUAGUCUGAGACAGAAGAUGGCGCAUUGUAUGCCCCAGAGGGAAAUGAUCAGUCGUGCGUGGCGGACCCUACAGAUGCGAGGUUUGAUCAAUCCUGAAGCCCCAGUUCCAACUCAAAGAAACGUUACCAUAGAUACGUUGUAUCGUGAAGCGGUCAAGGUCAGUGAACCGUCACGUGUGUCGGAGUACAGACGAAAGUCCUUGAUAGAAACAUAUGGGACACUUAACGAACAGUUGUUGGAAAAAUUCAGAGAAUAUGUUCUCCCAGACUGUAAGCUAUUUGGAUAUGAUGAUAGACCUUCAUUUCUCUUCAAUAGAUGGCGAUGAUAUUCACUUAUAUUUAUUCAAAAAUAAUCGUUUGAGGAAAUUGUUAUGUUUUGUUCCAGUAUUGAAUUGCAAUUUUGAGAAAUGAAUGGCAAUUUGUUCUAUGUACAUGCAUACUUCACUCAUGAGGGAUUUAUUAUUAUACGAGUUUUAUUAUACUUCAGACUGGUUGUUUACCAUUAAAUUCCUUAACCACAAAGGAAGUACAACAUAAAACAUUUCACUACAUCAGUGAAAUAUUGUAGUUGUUGUCUAUAUUUACACCUAUCCCUUCUUCAGCUUUUGACUGCGUUAGAGAUAACGUAAAGCAGUGAAAAAAGGCUCAGUGGAUUAUCAUGACGUCGUCUCUUUGUGACGUUACCGAAACGUCAAAUAGACGGCGCCAUUUUCAAAGGACUGAUCUACACAAUUUGAGCGUUUUCUCAAAUUACCCGAUGAUCUCUGUGCAAAAAGCUAAUGUCAAGUGAGUGUUUUCUCAAAAACUAAACUGACGAUUGAGGAAAUGAGUGAAUAAACCGACCACGUCACUUCUAUAUCUGUGUUAAUACUCGCUCUGCUUGAUAACCAUAGUUAAUGCGAGACGGAAAUUAUGGAUUGUUAAUAAAUCAAUGAAUUUAAAACGUAAAAUUUAUUAAACAAAAAG